AAUGGUGAGAGUCGACCGAUCUGGAAUCACGAAGGAAGCCGCGUCUCGGCCGGUGUACACACGGUCACCAGAUAAAACCGGACUUGCACUCGGUGAAUAACGAGUCUCCGCGUGGCUGUCCUCUCGGCUGCAACAACCACGGCCACACUGUUCUACACGGCACCGUUUCACGCGCUUUCCUCUCGAGAGGGCAACCAGAGAGGAAGAAGGAGAAGAAUUAUUGGAUAGACGAGAGGAAAGAUCGCGAGGUGUUUUUCGAAUAUUUCGAACCGAGAGGGAAAGAUCGUGGUAUCCGUAGAAGGAUAGGAGAGCGUUGGAAAAAAUCGCAUGGCCGAGGUGAAAGGGAUAUAGAUUGAUGACCGAAUCGAGAGGAAAGGAAGUUUGCAAGUUUGGUUGGCGAAGUUUGGUCGAGAGGAAAGCGAGUUGGAGGAGAAGGGAGAAGAAAGAGGGAAGGCGAGGUAUCUUGAGAGAGAGAUAUCUCGUGAUAUUUUUGUAUUAUUGUUCCAGUCGAUCUGGAAUGAUCGUUUGGGGAACGAGUUUGGAACGAAGGAGAGGAGGAUAAAGGGGGAUCUCGUGUGUAUUAUUUUUAUAUAGAUGGUCGAAGUUGGAAUGGUCGCUCGUGGAAGAUCGUUACAGAUUGCGCACCUUGCGUAAUUCUCGUUCGAGAUGAAUCUGUGCGAAGUGGAAUUGGGAAAUAAAAAUUUGUUCAACUGGAGCCAAGAGAACAGCGUGCUGUGGAAAAAGGUCUUGUUGGUUUACCUAAGUGAUUUCUGGCUGAUGACAUUCUUCUUGGGAAUGUGGGAAAUAUACACGUGGGGUGAUUACAUGCUCGAAGAAUUUGACGAUGAUUAUGAACCAUUAGAUGCUUUGUAACUCGUGAGAAAAGUCACUUCUUCGCAGAGAGCAUGGAUUUCAAGAAUGUGUUCGAAGGUUUUGAACCAUUUGGAACCGUAUAGAAAAUUGGCUACACAUGAACAAUGGUGAAUCGAAGGACCGAAUAGGAAGAAAAUCGUAAAAAUCGAUAGUGAAAAAAAAAAAAAAAAAAAAAAGAAGAAGAAAAAUAUCGGAAGAAGAUGAAAAUGAGCGUUGCAAACGGAAUAAAUGGGCAUGUGGAAGAAUAUUUGGAUAAGAUCGAAGUGAAUGCGGAGGAGGAAAAGAGAAGAGAGAAGAAAGGCGUCACGUAUCAGAUAAUGAUGGUUCUCUGCGUGAACUCUUCGAUUCUGGGUCCAUCCAUGGCUUUUGGUUACAGCGCAGUGGCAUUGGAACCGAUGAUGGCACCUAGUAGCGACGUGAGAAUCGACAAAGUUCAAGCGAAUUGGAUCGCCACAGCUACAGCACUGGGCAUCCCGCUCGGUUGCAUUGUCUCUGGUUACACUAUGAGGCGGGGAAGAAAGUUGAGCCUGUUGAUAACGUCGAUCGUGUCCAUCGUUGGAUGGCUGCUCAUUUAUCUCGCCGGAACGUACGAGCAGAUUCUUGUGGGCAGAAUUAUUUCCGGAAUCGCGACCGGAAUGGCCUCGGUCCCAGCCACCGUUUACAGCGCGGAGAUCGCUUCUCCAAAAUGGCGAUCGACCAUGGUCACGUGGACCAGCAUAACCAUCGCUAUUGGCGUUUUGAUCGUCUACAUUUUUGGCUACACGUUGAAGGACAACUGGCGUACGGUGGCUCUGCUCUGCGCCCUGUUUCCCCUGGUCUCGGCCGCACUGACCUUGGCCAUCGUCCCAGAAACCCCGAUCUGGUUGCGAGACAGAGGUCGUCUAGACGAGGCGUUACACGUGUUGAAGAAAUUCCGCGGCGUCCCCAACGACGCGCCGCCCCCGCAACACUUGUAUCAAGAGCUGAACCCACGUCCCGCCCAGCGACCGAAUCAAAACUUCGUGAAACACUUGCUGAAGAGGAACGCCGUUCUGCCGUUCGCCGUUAUGCUCGGCUACUUCUUCUUCCAACAAUUCUCUGGCAUCUUCGUCAUCGUCUAUUAUGCCGUUGAUAUAGUGGAGAGCGCCGGUGUCACCAUAGAUCCCAAUUUGGGAGCGGUGCUGAUAGGAUUGACCAGGUUGCUCGGCAGCGUGUUGGUCGCGUGCGCGUCGGGCAAAUUCGGCAGAAGGAAGCCGUCGAUCGUUUCCGGAUGCUCGAUGACCAUUUUCAUGGGGAUUUUGUCGGUCUAUUUAUCGAUCGAGGGCAGAGGGUAUCGCGUGAACGACAACGGCCUCGUCCCAGCUAUAUGCAUACUUAUGUACAUUCUCGGCAGCACUCUCGGCUUCUUGGUUAUCCCUUUCGCCAUGGUGGGCGAGGUGUAUCCCACGAAGGUGAAGGAGGCGUUGACGGGGUUGACCACGUGUAUCAAUUACAUUUUCAGCUCGAUCACGGUGAAAAUUUAUCCGGACAUGGAAGCCGGUAUGGGCAGGCAAGGUGUGUUCGUGUUUUUCACCGUGAUGUCGUUGUUGGGCACGUUGUUCGUUACGUUCUUCCUGCCUGAGACGAAAGGGAAAACGUUAAGGGAAAUCGAGGAUAUGUUUUCGAAAAAGAAGAAGAAGAAAGAGGAGGAGGAGGAGGAGGAGGAGGAGGGAAUUGUUAAUUGGCGAGAGGAGAAAGAAAAAAUGAUAGAUCUGAAAAAUCCUGUAUCCGAAGAAGCGUAGUUUCGUCGUUCUUCGGAUAGAGAUAUCAAUGCAAAGGAAAUACUCCUAAUUUUUUUAAACGUUUAACAAUUUUUCUUUUUUUUAGAAUCUAAUGAAGGACUCGAUUGCGAAACUUUUUUCCAGUCGUUCCUUAAUUAAAUCGUUCUAUGAUAAUUUAACCCUUUAAAUAUUACACGUUAAACACGUUAUAUCUACCGCUAUGUGUUCAUUUUAUCAUUUUAGUUUAAGAAAUUCUUUCGAUUAAUGAUAAUAUUUUUAUACCGUAUAUAUACGAUUAUAAUGUGUAACAUCACGUUUACAUUCGAUUAUAAAUAAUCAAGAAGAAAUAUUAACUCGUUAAUCUCAUUUGAGAAUAAUAAUAACAAUUUAUUAAGCAUUUUAAUCCUUUCGUUUUGUAUUUUAUACAUAGCUUGAUCUUAUUGCGAAGUGUUGCAACGUUGUUAUCAUAUUGUUGAUCACUCGAUACAGUUUCUAAAUAAAUAAAUUGUGAUAACGGCUCAAAUGAACGAUAAGAGAUGUCAAGGCUGUUCGAUACGGUCAUUAUUUUUCGAUUGAUGCACGGCUAUUGUAUUUUCAUUGGGUGAAUUUUUCAAGAC